UUAACUCACAGUCUUUGCAGUGAGCUGCCUUAACCACCAAGUUCCUCAUUUAUAACCAGCUUCCCAAGAAGCAGCUGCCUGAUCUGCCCAGGCUGUGACAGCAGGCCGAAGAUGAAGGCUUUUCUUCUCACCCUGCUGGUGGCGGUUCUGUGUGUGGAGCAAGCUCACUCGCUGGUCUGCUUCACCUGUAAGGAUGCGUCCUCCAACUGGGAUUGUCUGGCAUCAACUACAUGUCAAAGUGAUGAAAACUACUGUGUGACCACGUAUUUUGGUGCAGGAAUUGGCGGACGUUCUGGGCAGAGCAUCUCCAAGGGAUGUGCUUCAGUUUGCCCCAGUGGUGGGAUAAACAUAGGAAUAGCAGCCGCCUCUGUUUCCUGCUGCAGUUCUUUCUUGUGCAAUACCAGCGGGGCCACCAGUGUGAAAGUCAGCUACUCCGUGCUGGCCAUGGCGAUCUUGGCCAGCUUCAUCUAUUUCAGGGCGGGACUGUGAUUGGGCCAGGACAAAGAACUUGAUGCCCUGAAGAACCUGCUCAGGCUUCUCCAACAAGACACCAACCCCUCUUCUGUGCAAAGCUAUACUGGGAUUACCGAUGGUGCCCUUUCUUCCAAACUCUCUCUAAGAUCCCAUUAGAUAAUACCUGCUCUCUUGCUGUUCACAAGGAAAUCCCGCUGCUGUCACUGGGUGCCCCUCUGAGCAGAUCUGGAUUGCUGCUCGCAUGGUUUUGUGCGCAGGAGGCCUGGGAAGCUCAGUUGAACAGUGCAGCCCCACCGGGUAGAUGCCCGCUUGCGCUCUUAACCCUUCAGGAAAUGGUGGAUAAUAUUGGCAGAGCAUCUGCUUUUAUACCCGGAGUCCCAGUUGAUGGGGUUGAUUUAAAAAAAAGGUCAGGGCUCACCAGGAAAUGUUUAUCCCAAACCACCUCCAAAGUGGAAUACUUAAACACCCUUGCCUCUUGCUACAGCAGAGGCAUUUCCCAUCCACGUCAUGCUAGGGAUCAGCGCCAGACUGACUGCUGGGAAGGCAUGAUCCAAAACCAAACCUCAGAUAUAUUCACCCCCGGUUGUCUGUUUUCUUUAUUCUGCUCCUUGGCUGACUUUUCUUAUGUAAAAUGAAUGCAGUGCUCACAUUGUGAGCAUCACACCUGAAUAAACACCUUCCUGUUCUUGCCUGA